GCCGACCUCCUGGUGAUGGCGGCGCCAGACCUGGUGGAGGGCCGAGAUGAGGAUGGCUUCACGCCGCUCCACCUGGCCGUCAUCGCCGGCAACAUGCAGCUCGUUACGUUCCUGUUGGCCAACAACGCGGACAUCAACGCCGUGGACAACGAGAAACAUACCGUGGUGCACUGGGCUACGGUGUGUGGGGAGACGGCAGCUCUGAGGGCAGUCCUGGCGGCGGGCGCUCCGGUUUCUACGCCAGACGUGCACGGCGGUUACCCUCUCCAUUAUGCUGCCCAGAUGUGUGGCGGGACCAGCAAUGACAAAGACUCCAGCUUGGGCAUGCAAGUCCUUCAAUCCCUGCUCACCCACAAAGACAUCGUGGUGUCUGUAAUGGACGGCGACAAAAGACAGCCGCUGCUGUGGGCAGCCAGCGCCGGCUCCUCCAAAGCGGUACUCGCUCUGGUAAGAGCUGGAGCAGCCGUGGAAGCGGCCGAUAAGGACGGGUUGACUGCACUACAUUGCGCUGCUUCCAGGGGACACACGGACUGUCUGGACACGCUCCUAACGCUGUGUGGAGCCUCCCCGGAUGUUAUCGAUAGCAACGGGUGCACAGCUCUUCACUAUGCCGUCACUCUAGGCCACGCGGACGCUACGGCCCUUCUACUAGCGCACGGGGCCGACCCCAACCGCCAAGAUCGGAAAGGAAGGAGCCCAGCGCACUGUGGCUGUGCCAAAGGUCAAUUCGAGACCGUUAAACUCAUAGGGGCGCAUCGCGCCAAACUGUGGCUGAAGAACGCCAGAGGAGACCUGCCGCUGCACGAAGCCGCAGCGUCCGGCCGCAGAGAGCUAGUGAAGUGGUUGCUGGAUAUGAGACCCAGCCAAGUGAAUGCGAGGAACAACGACGGUAGGUGUCCGCUUCACAUGGCGGCGCUGAACGACAACGCUGACAUGUGUAAGAUUCUCCUCGAUGCUGGCGCACAGGUGAAUCCUGUUCUUAGAACUUCCAGGAACGUCUUUAUGACUCCCCUGGAUUGUGCGCUGCAGAGAGGUUUCAGAUCCACAGCGAAAUAUUUACAACUACAUGGAGGGGUGCCGGCUAGUAGGCUAGCAGAAUUGCGGAAUCAACCAACUAGUGCCUUGAAUUUGCACAUAAGAGACGACGUAACCGUUCUUGGAGAUACAAGUUCGGAGAGUGAAAAAGAACAAGGAGACCCGAUUAAAAGUAGCAAGAAAUCUUAUAGAAAAAAAAUAGUUCAUAAAUUAGAAAGGCCCAAGCUUUCUUUAUCAGGAAGCGAAGAAGAAAUUGAGAGAUUAGGAAGUAGCAAACUUGAAAGCACAGGAAAGUCCAAAAAGAGAUCAACUGAUAGAAAUAAAGAAAAUAAAUCUAGUGCUAAAGCUGACAGUUCAACUCCUCCUAUGUCAUCAACCAAACGAAGCAGCAGCAGAAAAUUACCAUCCAGUAGAAUGGAAUAUACCAAUGAGAUUAUUAUCAACGGAAAAACUGAGAUAAACAUUCAUCAAACUAGAGAAAUCAUUCUUGAAAAAGAACCUGUAGUUGUUGAUAAGAUUUCCGAAGUAGUUAUUCCAUCUGAAACAGCUGUUCCGCAUUCUGCUUCAUCGGUAAAAGAUCGAAGGCCCAGAAGUGCAAAAUUUAGUAAAGGAAGAGACCGGUCAGGACGAGCCAGCUCAGAAAAAGAAGCAGCGAGAGCACGAAAUGCAAUAACUAGUCCAACAACCAUAAUACAGCAAGAAAAGGAAUCAAGGCAACCUUCUUUAAAAACGCAAAGUACCAAUACCUCCGAAGAAACAACUGAAACUGUAAUUGAAAAUAAAAAAAUUGAACCCUCUACGGCAACCACAGAAGAUGGAUUUCUCAAAAACUUUCCAGAUUCGAGAAAGAUCAUAGAUCAACAGUCUCUCAUGUCCAAUACUAGCGAAGAUGUAGAGGAUCAUAAAGAAUUUGUAGUAGAAGCUUCGAUUCAUGAACCGCCGAAAGUACUUUUAGAGAAGGAACAUGAAGAUGAGCAAGAGUUAAAGUCGAAAGACUCUGAAAUUAUUACAGAAGGAAAACAAGAUGAGAAACCUCUUACAGGGGAAAAUAUUCAAAAUGAUGAUUUAGCAGAAGAGCAGGAACAUCAAAAGGCAACUAAAGUCGAUGAGACAAAUGCAAAAUUAACUACCAAUGACACUGAGAAAACAGACGAUAAGGAAGUGGAAGAUCAAAAAACAAAAGAAACAAGCACCGUUCUAGCUAAAGAAGAAAUAACAGAUGAUGAUAAACAUAUUCAACGUCAACUAACAGAAUCUCCAGGAGCAAACACAUCAGAAAAUAUAAUUAAUGAAGCCGAAGCUGAAAUAGAUAAUGCUUCAGACACAAAAAAAGAUGAUGAUAAGACAGAAGUUAAAGAUGUCACUGAGUUACAAACAAAUGGUGAAGCUAUAACAACAAAAGAAAUUGAAAAUACAGAAGUUCAAGAACCCGUACACGAAAAACAAUCUGUUGAAGAACUACAAGAAACACGUCGGAAUAAUACAGAAACUGAAGAAGCAAACAAUGAAUUAGAUAAAGACAAUAGUAAAGUAGCAGUUGACCUGGAAGCAAAUAAAAAGAAUGAUCAGUUGCUUGAUAAGUUUAUUUCGGAGCCAGAGGCUGACCAGGCUGAGCAUAAAGCCAGCAGAAGUACCGAUGAAAGUUCAAAUUUGCCGGAAGAUGGAGAAAGUAAAGAUGCUGAAGAAAUCCACGAAAAUACUGAUACACCUGAAAAAACCCACAAAGAUGCUGGUGCAACUAAGGACGUCCAUCAAAAUGAUACAACAGUAAACGAGCAAGGUGAAAAAACAUUAGAAGUAGAAGAUGGAGAAGAGAAGAAAGUGGAAAUAACCUCAAAGUCGAUUGAUGUAAAUGAAAAUGAUAUAUAUGAUAUUUCAAAAACUGAAAUGCCAUCAAAGAUCGACUUUGAUGAACAACCACUGGAAACUGUUCCUACAGAAAAAUUUGAACAAUCAAUUGCCGAUAAAGAAAAACCAAGUGAAGGAGAAAUAACAAAAAAGCGAGACAGUAAACAAAAAGAAACACGAAAAAAACAAGGGAUUGAAGCAUCUGAUGGGAAAACUAAACCAAAAGAUGCCGACGUAAGAAAGAAACAUUUAAAAAUAGAAAAAUCAAAUAAAAAAAUAAAAGCAAAGCAAGAUUAUUCAGAUGAUGACUAUAGCAGUCGAUCUGAAGAUGUUUCUUUGUCUACACCUACUAGUAAGACCCAUAAAAGCUUCAGGAUACUAGACGAAGAAGACGGAGGAAAACCGAGUAAGACGAGAGGAGGCAAAAGCAAAAGAAGCGAAAACAAAGAAUCUCGAUCACGAUCCGAAGAAAAAAAGAAAAAAGACGGUAGUAAGGAAAGAGAAAAAUUUAAACAUAGUAAAAUUCCAACGCCCUUGGGUAAAACUAUUUUAUCUAAAAGCGACAGACACUUAGAUAAGUCUCACUUAUUAGAAAAGAGAGCUCUGCAGGGGGUACUAGACGCACGCAUUCCAUCUUUGCCGAAUAUCCAUCAAGACAAAGAUCGACUGAAAGAACCGCCACGAUCUGAAUCUAACAUGUCGGCUCCGCUCCUGGCCUCUCUUUAUAGUGACAACGAGAGUUUGUCGGAUGUGGAGCACGAGUCAAGAAGUUUGGUAGCGCGGAACAAGAAGAGAGUCAAGAAGAGGCCCAAAGUUAGGGAUGCCAGAAGUGCAGGAAGUGAUUAUGAAAGCAGUAAUUUGAUAGAUUCUGGAUUCGAGCCCAGCCCGAGAAGCACCAGAAUUCCUAAAUGGAAGAAUAUGUCUGAGCGGGGUGUUAACAUGACAUCAGUUACACAAAAUAUACAAAGCAAUAUAAGAAGGUACCAUUUGGAAAGAAAAAUAUUUCAGCACCUCCUGGAACUAAAGAGGCAUCAAAUUAGAGCUGGUCAACAUAACGAGGCAGUUCUAGUCAAAAGAGCUAUUGACGCGUACCAUCAGUCAUGCGCUUCCACUGUUGGGGCUGGUCGAUACAUUCCAGAAGAUUACACUUUCAAAAGCUUUGAAAGAUUUCUCUAUGAAUCUUUGAGAAAGCUACAGAAGAACGAUGUGGAAUAUAUGAAAGGACUCCCAGAAGCACCCUCUAACCCACUUUUAUGUACAAGAAGCACCAAUAGAUGUAUGCAUGCUACGCAUGCUUAUACUGGGGUUCCAUGUGCAGCAUACCUACCAAAAAUGGAUCAUCAUACUAUACCAAAAAUAGGAUUUAACAAUGUCAGUUGCAAACCUGGAACUGGAUUUUUACCAAAUAUCAAUUCUAAAAAGGCUGUGACACUGGAACUUAGUCACGGAACCGACAAGCAGGUUAUUUCCCUGCCUACCGAUCGUCUUGACCAAAAUAAGAGGUACUAUGUUACCUUUACAGUUAAAGGACACGAUCCAUCUUCAUCUAACGGGGAAGAUGGACCAACAAACAAUGCCCAUAUGCAUUCAAAGAGCGACUAA